CAGGUUGUUGCAUAUUGCAACUCAAUUCAAAUUUAAAUUAAGUCAAAUUGAUUACAAAAAAAUAUCAAAGCAUCAACAAAAUUUUAUGUAAUUUUUACUGAAUAAGAAUGUAAAUGUUAAUUUCUCGAAAUGUUUAGAUUUAUUUUAUUUUUGAGUUUAUCUUAAAUUUUUAUUUAUUCCUUAUUUAAUUUCCUGUAUUUGAAUCCGAUAUCUUGACCAAAAUUCGAAGUAAAAGUAAAAUAUAUUAUUUUGUGAUUCAGCUAGUAAUCAAUGCUGCCUUUUUGCAAUAUUCAACUAAAAUUCCAGUAGAACAAAAACUGAAAAAAAGUGAAAAAUUUUGUUUGUAUCAAAUUUGAAUUCCAGACCGCCGAGGAUGCCGAUCAGCCAACAGGAUCUGUGUCGUAUGGCCAGCACGCCGAGCUGUUGUCCUCGGUUCAACAAGAGCCACACGAGCAAUACGUACUUUAGCUACGCUGAUCAGGAUCUGGGCAGAAAGUUCUACGGCGGAGGAUCUUCCAUGGAGGAACCCAGCUGCGAUCACUGGCAAUUCUGCGAGAAGGUGCCCAAUCGCUCGGAAGUGGAGGCCGACUCCUUGGGCAGUCCCGUGGGUCUGGUCUGCUCCAAUACCAUCUUGAACAAUCCCUGCGGAUCUUCCCCUAAACAGCAGGAGGCGAAUGUCCUUAAUUUCGCCACCUAUCUGAAGGCUUUUGCCUUGAUUUAUGUCCUGCCGGAAGUCGAUUGGACGUCCGAGAAGAUCGACAUGCUGCUGGAGGAGGGCUCUGAUUUAUUCCGGACCAGCUCAGAAAUGGAACAAGAGCAGGAGAAUGGGGAGGAUAAUAAGCUGUUUCAGCCGGAGAUUUACACCAACGAGGAGAAGCGGAUUAAGAGGAAUUUUAAUCUCGAAGGGCACACCUUUACUUUGGCAUUGGAACCUCGUUAUCUGGGAGCUGGGACGAAGCCCCUGGAACAGCAGCCCUCCCAUACCAUCAAGAAUUUGAGGCCCGUGCUACUUAGCUUCUUUAAAUCCAGUCGCUACUGUCUUCUUCUCACCCGAGUUGGUCACUUGCUCAUCUGGCGGCGCAAAAGAGUAUUCUUUGUGCUGGACGUGAAGGGCAGAAGGAGGGAUGACCUGCAGACCGUCGUGGACAAUGGAGUGGCCAUGCUGGUGUGCCUGAAAACCAUCGAUAAUGUGGUCCAUCUGGCCAGCAACUUGAGUGGCAUUUCCCCCGAAGAUGGGUUCACCAUUCGGGAACUGGUGGUGGUGCGUUUGGAGACCCCAGAUGGGCGCAUCUAUAUGCGCGACACUAGCCACCGAUCCAUAGAAUUCAAGGUGGUGAACAAGAGCUAUGCCUAUCUGAAGGGUACCCUGCAUCUCUCGCUGAACCAAAAUGAUCCGGUUAGGAAUCGCAGCAGCUUGAUGGUGGCCGUGGGCUCAAUCCUGGCCAGCAAAAUCGAUCACCCGGCCAACUGGGACACCAAUAUGCUGGAUCGCUUAAUCUGCUAUGGAGUGGAGCUAUGCCGUAAUUGCUGGGCGGAUUGCUUGAGGGAUCGACGACCCAUCGAUCUGGACACCUUUCCCACCCAACUUCGGAUGGGUCAGUAUGUGCUCGAGCUGAAACUGAUUCCGAAUGUGAGGACGGGUCACUGGAAAUGCGGAGUGCGUAUUAUUGGCACGGACUUCCAGGCUCACGUAUUGGAGGCUCUCAAGGAGUACGGGAACGUGGUGUUCCAGAUCAACAAUCAGAUGUAUGCCAUGUGGGCCAAGGAUGAGUUCUACUACCUGCUCGAUCCCUAUCGCCACACCAUAGUGGGCACCCAUGUGGACGAGGAUAAGGCGGAUGGGGUCAAGUGGGCCACGGUGCGCAUGUUCCGCGACCAGCUGACCAUGCUCAGCGUGUUCCACCAGCUGCUGAUGGAGUCCAACCGGCAGUCGGCCUACUAUCUGCAUGUAAUCCGUAUCCGUAAUCUCGCCGAGUGUCCCGAGGGAUACGCCUUGGCUCCGUCGCCCGAGGAUGUGGACAACCACGAUGUAAAGUCCCUGAACGAACCCAUAUUCUUCAAUGAGCAGCAAGGAGUGAGUGUGUGUGAUAGAUCCCUGGCGGAGAUCAGCGACUACGAGGAGGAUGUGGUCAGUCUCACGGACGACAAGUUUGACAUUAAGAAAUUUAAAAUCCUCGAGGACAAAUUUGACGUAGAGCGACAGAAUGCGGGGGAGGAGUGUGAAAUGUGCGAGGAGGAGAUGGAAACCAAGUCACGUUGUCGCUGUCCUGGCAAGAAACGCAUCAACCAAGCCAAAUCCGACUCCAGAGUCCAGACCUCAAAAAGGUCAUCAAAUAGCAGAUGUGAAUGUCGUUGUAUGCCCAUCAAAAAUAAUUGCCUUAAAACCUCUACAAAAUCCAGGAAACCCAUUCUUAAAAAGGAGCAGGAGAAAAGGGAAACCGCUGGAAAUGUGUUUCUAAAAGAAAAGCGGGUGUCUCCCGAGAUCCCCACACUGAGCAAAAAAAACGUGGAAUUCACAAGACCCAUACCAAUUAAAGGAUCAGGUUUGGUAAGAUCCUCUAGGCAAACCGGUGGAGCGUCUUCCAAUUUUUCUCCCUCCCAGUCCCCUGAGCGAUCCAAAUCUAAAGAGGGCAAAAUUAUUAGAAAAUAUACAAAAAUCUCCAGACAAACUGGAGGCAGGUCUUCCACCCGUUCUCGCACCAAGUCCCCAAAAUGUUCUAGAUCUAAAGAUGGAUUAUCUCCUGGCAGGAUUAACACAAAGAUCCUGGGAAAGGAAGCUCUUUCAAAUGGGCUAAGUCCCAAAGUAGAUUUCACCCAGGGAUCAACCGCGAGGGAAACUGGUGGCAGAUCAUCCAGCUAUACUCGACCCAAGUCCCCUGUUUGCUCCAAAUCUAGACGAGGAUCAUCUCCUGGCAGGACUAUCAUUAAGAGGUCUCACAAGGGAGCAGCACAAGGAUCAAUCGCCAGGGAAAUGGGUGGGAGGUCGUCCAACCAUUCUCCAACUAAGUGUCCUGUUCGAUCCAAAUCUCCAGGCUCGACUACUAUUAACAGCUUUCCAAAGAAAGAAGCCCCAGGAGCAAUCGUCAGGGGAACGGGUGACAGGUCUUCCAGCCCUUCCCCCGCCAAUUCCCCUGUCCGUUUUAAGUCCAGACAAGGAUCAUCACCAGGAAGGAUUACGAAAAAAAUUAUAAAAAUCUCCAGGGAAUCUGGGGGGAGGACAUCCAGCCCCUCUCCUCAAAAAUCACCUCAGCGCUCACGAUCUAAAGAAGGGUCAUCUUCCGGAAGGCCUAUGAAAAAAAUGUUUAAAACUCUUAGACAAACUGGCACCAAGUCCCAAGUACGAUCCACAUCUAGAGAAGGAUCAUCUCCUGGCAGGACUACUAUUGAGGGCUCUCUAAAGGGUCCGGCUUCCAAGGGGAUAGGUGCCCAACUAGCUAAACCCAAAGAAAAAACCCUUCUCGAUACUGCCACCAAGUUAUUGGGGAAUGCGGUUACUAAAGUUGCCAGUCCGAAAUUGAUAGUCAAUAAAGAUGAAGCCAGAAAUGAUUGCACAAACGGAAAAGGAGGAAUGCUCCUGAAGGAAGCACUCAUCAAAAUGACCGCCGUGAAAGAAUCACCAAAAAGAAUCUUCGCUCCGACAGAUAUACUCCAGCAAUCCGCGGAUAAGCCCGAUAGCCUUGGGGUUGCGCCUGUGGCCACCGCCCACUUAAUCACGCCAGCUGCCUCGGGACUUUCACGCGAUUUGGACCAGGAGACGAGUUCCUUACCGAACAUGGAGUUUCAGAACAUAGAAGACUUUAACGAGCACCCUGAAGAAUGCUGCUGCAGUUGCAGAAUGGAGAAUCCCACGGAGAACAGUGUAUCCCAAGUAGCGGUGCCCAGAUUCCCCGGCUUCAAUCGGGUGCCACAACUCCUGGCCGUCGCUGGAUCCGAGAGUGGAACCGUGGAGAGCCUUAACCGGCUGCUGGGCUCCGCCUUCAAGGUGGCCAACCGGGUGCUCACGAUGACGCCGUGGGGCAACUACGUGGUCUUCCGACAUCAUCCCACCCACAUGGCGGAGUCGGCGGCCACGUGGUUCUACGUGUUCGAUGGCUGCACCUGCGACAUCGAUCGCUUCCGGCACUUGGAUCUCUCCAAGGGCACAGCCGGCUUGAUCGCAUUCCGCAAGCAAUCGGAGGUGGUGUGCCAUAUAAUCGAUUCGCGGGAGGAGAAGGCGCUGAAUAUGCUGGCCACCCAAGUGAAGGAUCCUCCACACAAAAGGCUGCAAAAGCUGUUGGCUCGUUGACAUUCGUAAAAAUCGCAUUUCAAAAUUAACUUGGCCAGAAUAAAAUUUGGAAUAAGCUGAACUGGUGGAUUAAAUUAUAAUGAUCUUAUGAGACAUG